UAACGUGCUGCCGUCGUUGUCUCAGACAGGACAUCAUGUGAUCCCUGCUGGCACUGCAGAAUCUGCAACACACACUUAAGAGUUGUAACCGUAGCUAGAAGAUAGAACAAUCGGCGCUGUGAUAUCCUAACUGGCUCGGUCACAUGUGAUCACUUAGUGUCCGGGGAGCUUCCUGAUCUUGGGCAGCAUGGAGGAACCUGUAGAGGAGUACAAGUCUCCGUUUAACUUUGAGCAAGGAGUGAACACCAGCUACCUCUACCUGUCACCUGAAGAGAGUUUUACUCCCCCUGGUUCACCGGUACUGGCGCUCAGAGGGCCCAAGAGUCCAGACUUCAUCCCAGAAGUAGGCGAAGAUGCAGUGAAUGCAGUGCCCUCUUCACCCAGCAUGGCCCUAACUGAGGAAGAGCAAACAGAGUUGCAGAGUGAACUAGCAAAGGUGGAAGAUGAGAUCCAGACUCUUUCUCAGGUGCUGGUGGCCAAGGAGAAGCAGGUGGCGGAGAUCAAGCGGAAAUUGGGCAUCACUCCACUCAACGAGUUCAAACAGAACCUGAGCAAAGGCUGGCAUGAAGUCACCACCUCCACCGCGUAUAAGAAGACCUCAGAGACACUGUCCCAAGUGGGUCAGAAGGCGACGACGGCGUUCUCCAGCGUGGGCUCCGCCAUAACCAGAAAGCUAGAGGACGUGAGAUUACAGUCAUUUUCCAAUUCUUUUGGUAUACGCUCCAUACAGCAUUCGGCUAGCAUGCCGGUGAUGAGGAACACACCCACCUUCAAGUCAUUUGAGGAGAAAGUGGAAACCUUAAAGACCAAGAUGAGCCCGACGCCAUCGACAGGCGAUGGUGAAGAGGUUUCAGAAUCCACGCCUGAUGGAAAGCCAGUGGCUGAACAGCCAGAGGAAACGUGUCCACCAGAUCAAAAACCGCACUGAGGAUCCACCCUCACCCUUUCAUUAUACCUCCCGUCCCCCUUCUUCCACUCCACAGCGGUACUUCUACAUAGUCACAGUGAGCUUUAUUUUGUGGCCGCUUUUGUCCACUGGAGUCUGGGUCAUCUCCAGACAGGACGUGGUAGUCCUACACUGGACCAGAAUGUGAGAUGUUCGCUCAGAGCAUGACGUUACUCAUUCCACUGCAUCAUUGACCUCUGACCCCUAACUUUAGGUUUGUGUUAUUUUAGCCUACAUGAGAGGCUCAGGCUGUAUUUUAGAAGUCCCUAAACAUCUCUUUUCACACUUUCACAGAAGUCAUUAUAUAAAGUUGAAAUUGACUUCUUGUUUGUGUACAUUCUUUGUAACACAUCCUGCUACUUAAAAUUGCCAGCCAAAUUAACUAAAUGUAUAUAGUUCUGUUUAUAAAACAAAUGCCAAAAACUCAGAACAUGAGUUCUGUCUCUAAGUGUGUACUUGAAACUAAAAGAGUUUUGCAUAGAAAGUAUAUUGAGUGUAUUAUUAGCAUUAAUACCAAAUAUGAUCAAACAGUAGUGUUACACUAUUACUCUUUUUCGAUAUUUUGGAUUCUUUGCUUUAGAGAGUUUGUGUCAUAAAACGAGCAGACUUGAACGUACAUGCUUUAUAUUUCUUUUCAUUUUUGUAGCGUUAGUGUAGUCGCACCACUGAGAUCCCAGUGCCUUCUGUUGCUAAAACUGGAGAGGUUUAGUUUCACUUAAAGAGUGAUGGCUUUGACCACUGCUGUAUUUUGAUUUUUUUUUUUUUCCAGAGGACAGGACAUACUAUGAGAGGGACAGACUAUAUAACGCUUCUUCCCUGUUGUUUUAAACUGUCUAACACAGCUGAAAAGCAGUGUUAAUGUUAAACAGUUCGCUUUAGAUCCAGUGUAAUAUUUAAAAGAACUAAUUCCUAUUGUUUGUGUAGUUCAUAGCGCUUACACUGUAGUACCUGCUGUUGUGGCAUCUUCAAAACCUUAAACUGCAAAAUAAAAUAAAAGUAUAUUUUUAUUGAUAUUGUUAGUUUCUUAAUUGUAAAAUGUAACAGUUAUGAUUUGGUAGUGGUUGCUAAAAGCUGUGGAGCAUAGGGGCUUCUGCUUGUGCAUAUUUAGAUGGUACUUAACAGCAAAUGUGUUCUCGUAUGGUUAUAUUUCAUUAUUGGCUCAUAAAUCGAGUGUACUUUUCCAUUCUUGCGUUUUGCUUUGACAGACAGAGAAAAGCAAAUGUUUUCUGCUUGCUCUGCAAGAAAUGUUCAUAUAGAAUAGGAAUAGAGACGUUUACAGAGGUUUAAGUUCAACAUGCUUGAUCUAUCACUCUAGAUCUAGUGUUGACGUGAUCUAAAAUAAUACUAAUAUGGAAAAUAUUGAAUAUUGUUAAAGAGAUAUUGGUUUAAAACAAAUGUUUUAUGUGUGUUUUGUGUUGUUGACAUACUCAUCGGAGGGUGGAAAUCUCCAGUGGGACCAAAAAUGUUUCAACUUAUCCCCCUUCUGCCUCAUUGAUGUCAUGCUGUAGCUCAGGUGUUGUUUGUUUCCUUUUUCCUCGCGUCAUCUUUUGAAUAUCAAUGUUGCUUUGUAUUGAAUGUCUCUAACGGGCUUUUGACCUCAACUAGUAGUUGAAUCUGCUGUUCAUGUAUAAUUAGCAUCCUGAAAGUCUAGACCUACUUUGAGCACAAAAAUACAAAUAUUCCUUCCUUGUCCGAUGCCUAAUAAAGCACAUUACACAC